AUGUUGAUACGUAACCUCGGAAGCAUAAAAAAUAUGGGUGAAGUCCACGACGGUAACACGGUGACCGACUAUAUGGAGCAAGAGCGUCAGCGAGGCAUAACGAUAGUAUCAGCAGCAGUGACUUUCAAUUGGAAAGACCAUAGAUUCAAUUUAAUCGACACACCAGGGCACAUUGACUUCACAAUGGGGGUCGAGCAGACCUUAGGAGUGUUAGACGGAGCAGUGGUGAUUCUCGACGGUUCCGCAGGCGUAGAGGCUCAAACAAGGACAGUCUGGAAGCAGGCUGAUAAAUACAGUAUUCCCCGUUUGGUCUAUGUCAACAAAAUGGACCGAGCUGACGCGAACUUCCACAUGUGUCUCGAGUCCUUGGAGUCCAAGUUUGAAGUAACUGCCCUACCAGUGCAGCUUCCGAUUAAAAAUGACAAUGGCUUUGUUGGGAUUCUAGACCUGCUGACCUUGGAGAAGAUAAUCUUCGACAAGACUUCCCAAGGUACGAAACUUCUUCGUCAAAAAUUAACAGAAGCAGAAGAUAGUUUUCUGCUGGAGCGGGCUAGAGAAAAGCGCCGAUUGUUGGUAGACAAGUUGUCGACAAUUGAUGAUGGACUUGCUAAUUUUAUUAUUGAACAGGAUUCGCUGGAUGACAUACCAACCCAGGUGAUAGCUGACUCGUUAAGAAGCAGCACUAUCAAGCGUAAAGGCAUCCCAGUUCUUCUAGGGAGCUCUUAUAAAAAUAUCGGAGUCCAGCCUUUGAUGGACGCGAUCAUUUUUUACUUACCCUCUCCAGAUCUUCAUAAAAAAGCGAGCUUGUAUCGCUGCUUUGAGGACAAUUUAUCAGCCAGGGCGUUUAAAAUCAUGCAUGACAAGCAGCGUGGGCCGAUAACUUUUUUCCGAGUCUACUCGGGAAGUUUAAAAAAGAACCAGAAGGUCUACAACGCAACUAGAGAAAAAUAUGAGCAAGGUAGCAGACUCUACGCAGCUUAUGCUGAUGAUUAUGAAGAAAUUGAUGAGGUGACUGAAGGAAACAUCGGAGGACUGGCUGGAUGCAAAUUUACCAUCACUGGAGACUUGCUGACCAGCAGCCCGACGGUGGUGAGCCGAGCGAAGAAUGUUGCUGCUAAAAUAAAGAAUCUUGAUGAAGUAGAAAAAGAUAAAUUUUUUUCAGCUGGAAAAAUUCCUGAUCCCGUAUUCUUCUGUUCGAUUGAGCCGCCUUCGUUGUCGGCUCAAGUUCCUCUGGAAAAUGCGCUCAAGGAGUUGGAGAGGGAGGACCCGAGUCUUCGGGUCACUCUGAAUGAAGAGACCGGUCAGACUGUUCUGGGAGGAAUGGGCGAGCUUCAUAUUGAUAUAAUUAAAGAGAGAAUUAAGACUGAGUACAAGAUCGACGUUGAUCUCGGCCCGCUGCAAAUCGCUUAUAAGGAAACUAUCACUCAAGGCAUCAAGGACACGCUUGUCUCGCAUCACAAAAUAGGAACUACUAAUCAUGAUGUUAAUGUCACUUUGUCGUUGAUUCCUAAUUAUGAAGGCAAGGAGAUAUUGUUGUUUGAUAAGACUAAGGAAUGCGCUUCUAAUAUUGCGGAUAUUCAUCCUAAGGUUAUGGCCGCGGUUAAAAAAGGCGUCAAGAUGGCACUUAAUCAUGGACCUAAGUUGGGCUGUCCUUUGAUUGAUGUGGGUGUUAAAGUGAUGGGGGACCUCGGAAAACGAAGAGCGCAAAUACAAGAAGUUACUGUUCGUGGGCAGUAUAAAGUACUUAGAGCCUUGGUACCAUUAAGUGAAUUACUUGGAUACUCGACCACCCUAAGGAUAAUAACUUCAGGCAAUGGAAGUUUUUCAUCUGAAUUUGAGAGCUAUCAAAGUAUGGGGUCAGUUGAAGAGCAACAAGCUAUCAAACAAAUUACCGGAUUUUAA